AUGGUGAGUGAGAGGGCCGAGUACGAUGGGAUUGUCGGUGGGCAAGAGCUGAUUUAUCAAUUCCGGGAGGACAGCGAUGAUCUUGGGGGCGAGAGGGAGUAUGAGGAGAACGAGGCGAACUCUCUCAAGCUGCGGAACUUUGUUGAGGACGAUCUUUACCAGUCUGACGGGCAGGUGCAAUACAAAGGCGAGGAGGAGAUGAGGCUCCGGUACGGGAGGAAGAAAAAGGAGAAGAGGAAGAAGAAGAAGAAUGACGAGAACAAGAGGCCGUCGAAUAGGAAGAUAGUGAAUCUCCCCGCAUCGCCACCGUAUGUGCGGUUUGUGGAUGGGGAGGAGAGGCUGUGCUUCAAAUAUGUGACGAAGGUGAGCGAGUCGGCACGGGAUGCUAUGCCAAAGGCGGAUCUCGAGGACAACGAGUUCUGCGUAAGAUUUGAUCUGGAGAGUGUCGACAUCAGUAAACUGAAUGAGAAGUUCAAGGCGGACAACUGCGUGUAUCCCCGGGCGAAUCUUCCAUACGAGAUGUACACGGGAAACAGAUGGGGGUUUGAGACGGAGUGCAACCGACUGGCAUGGCAGUUUGUUUCGCUGAAUCCCGUGCUCCUGUACGGGAAGAAGGGGCUUAUCCAAAGGGCCGUCGACUCGUAUAGAACAAUCAACAAGCAGAGCAGAAACAAGAGGAUUGUGAAGGAGGAUAGAUUCCCCAGCGACAUUGAGAAGAGGAGGCAUGUCUCUGGGGCACCCUCAACCAUCACGAUCCAAUGGACCAACAGAGGGGUCUUGAAGAAGUGCAAGAUUCAAGUCAACAUCGAAAACAUAAACUACGAGAAGAUUGACGACGAAUUCAAGUCGCGGUUUUCUGUGUUUAUGGACGACUUUGACGACACAUCGUUUGGAAAGAGUAAGUGGGAGAGCCACAACGCAGACAAUGAGCUUGCUGUGAAGAUAGCCUUCCUGAAUGUCGAGAACACGUCGUUCUGGAAUGCAAUCAAGGCACUCGACAAGACGACUGUGCUGAAGAAGGCGAUUGAGGCGUAUAGGCAGAAGAGGGACGAGUAUGUAAGCUCUGAGGACGACACCGAAAUAUCGGAUGUCAUCGCAAGCACCCUUGGAGGCAGCCUGGGGAACUCGAAGAGUUGUAAUGUUGUUGAGAAUUUUUAUUUUGAUAAUUAA